UCGCGUCAGGCAUCGCGCUCUUUUCGAUCAUAACCUAAAAAUUGUUCAAUAUACAAAACAGUAAACAGAAAAAUAAGAAAACCGUACAAGUACAAAGCUCGAAACAAUGGUUUUGUGUAACGUGGAAUGUUUAGAAAGGAUUUCAAAUUAUCUAGAUGUUUCACCUUUACAACUGGAGAUGCAAGAAAACGCAAUCGUUACCACAGAAUCGAAUCAGAAAAUAGAAGGAUUUAGUACUAUAGUUCAAUCUUUAAUUGAGAAUUCAAAAUGUUCUGAUAUGCUUGGCACUGACAAUGAAACGAAAGCUUUAACACGUCAGUGGUUGGAAUAUGCAGUUGUCUGUGUCAAUUAUGCUGACACUCCUGCAAACAUACGAAGAAUUUUGCAGGAAUUGAAUGUUGCACUAAGGAACAAUACAUAUUUAACUGGUACAAGGAAAACAAUUGCCGAUGUUACACUCUAUUAUGCCUUAUAUUCAAUAAUGCGGGAAUUAACACACCAAGAAAAAGCUCAAUAUGUUCAUGUGUCAAGGUGGUUCGAUAAUAUGCAACAAGAAGAAAAGUUACGGCAACAGUUAGAUUUAAUUUCAUUUGAUCUGCUACAUUUAUUUUUAUGAAUAAUUAACGUAUGGUAAAGGUUUAUCAAUUGUGCAUCAUUGUUAGUAUAAUUUAAAAUUAUAUGAAGAUGUCUGUUUAACAGUUUAUGAAGAACAAUAAAAUGACUAAAGAGAA